AUGGCCGUAUCCCAUGGACUGCACCGGACAUGGAGGAAAGGCGAAUGGGUUUCUGGAGGGAUAGGGCGUUAUAACGGCCCUGGACUGCAAUUUUCAUCAGCAUCUAGUCCAGAAGAUCAACUUCGGAAGUUAGUGCAGUAUGAAGAAAAGAAACGUGAAUUCUGGAACAUUUACAUCUUAGACAGGAUCUUUAGCUGCUACAUGGGUAGGCCGGUUAUGCUUUCCGAUGAGGAUAUCGACGUUGAUCUGCCCUCAGAAAUUGGAGAUGCAUUACCCUCAGGUGCCGGUCUGUCCGCCCAUGUGCGUCUUAGCAAAAUAAUGGGCGACGUCGUCAACAAGGUCUACCGCGUCCGUAAAACAACAAGCGGUUUUGGGAGGGAGAUUGGUGAUGUUGUCGGAGUAAUUGAAAAUAUCCACAAUGACCUUCGGUCCUGGGAAGAAAGUCUUCCACCCGAAUUAAAACUUAUUAACGGGGUUGCUCGUGGACGCUCCGUCCUUCUUUUGCACUUCCUAUACAAUCAGUUGCAUAUCUUGACAACUAGACCUUCCCUCUUAUUAGCAGCCAAACAACGAACAGCAGCUUUUUGUGUGUCUUCAGGAAACAUUCCUCAGAUGCCACCACAUAUUGAACAGCACGUUAUCAUCUGUUCAAACGCCGCUCGUCGGAAUAUAGCCUUGGGAAGGCAACUUCAGUCUUCUGGGUGGAUAUCUCAUCACUCUUUUACGGACUAUCAUUACCUCUUCAACGCAGCCAUUGUACUUCUGCUGAGUCGUCUCUUUGGCCAAGAGAUGCAAGAAUGCACUUGUGCUACUGGUGCUUGUAGCACGCCGAGUAAUGAUGAAGAAGACAUUCAUUUUGUUAUCACCCUCCUUUCUGGAUUUGGCGAAAGAGGUAACGAGGCGGCAGCUGCAAGCGCAAAGACUGCCUCGGAGCUUAGUGUCAUUGUUGAAAGAAUGAUUUGUGCGAGAGAUAACACUCCUCCAGCUCCUGUCUCACCACAAACUCCAUAUCCCACCAACCAUGAGGUAUCAACAAUUGCUAUCAAUGGGCAAUUUGAGGUUCCCAGCUAUUUCUCAAACCAUUACAGCGUCGCAGGAAAUCCUCCUGACCCGGCAAUCGGUUACCCAACAAAACAAUUAUACCAUCAGAAUCUCGAAGUUGAGGAUGUGUAUGCGUGGCUUCAGAGCGGCCAUUUCGACAGGUGA